AUGGGAAAUAAAAAUUAUGAAGAAACUAAUAUUACCCGGGACCACAUCGAUAAACUUUUAAACUCUUCGAAUAUAAUAUAUGAAACCUCAAGCUCUUUUGACCAAUCGGUUAUGAAUGGAAAUCCAUCGAAAAAGGAUAGAUUAUUAUAUCGAAUCGAAUACUUGCAGGAUGGAACAGCAAUAUAUUACACAAGAAAAAUGAGCGACAUUAAGAAGAUGUUUUGCUGCUAUUAA